AGCAUCAGAAUCAGAAUCAUAAUCAUAAUCGGAAUGGAUGAUGCAAAACCCAUUUCCAUCUGUGAAGAGAAGUUGGCAGUUUCGAGUGCCUCUCACCUUACACGGCCUGAACUUCUGAAGCGUCGUUUGCGGAACCUCAACCAACUUUCCAAAUGCUACAGAGACCUCUACUGGUCUCUCAUGGAGGACCUCAAAACCCACUACAGACGCUACCUGUGGGACUAUGGUCUCUCCCCUUUCAAGGACAAUGAAGCCACUGCCGAAAAUAACAACAUUAAUAAUUUCGAUGUUUUCAACAAUUACAUGUGUGCUUUCCUCGCUUGUAAGCUCAAGCCAAUGCCAUUGACCACCUUUUGCCAUUUGCAUAUCCUUUCUGAUUCCAGCCAGAAGCUUUAUAAGCCUUGCAAUUACGUUAUCAAAAGUGCACAAGCUGGGCCUAUAACAUGCGGAAAACCUAUACUGAGAUCCACUGUUCCAUCUCUCUGCAUUAGCCACUUUCAAAAGGCUCAGAAGCAUCUCACUAGGACCUUGAAGAGGAAUGGUCUGAAUAUUUCCUCAACAAGUAAAAUGGCUCCUAAAUUUCAUGUCAUAGUGACAGAAUAUGUUCAUCACAUUCAAGUGAAAAGAAGAAAGGAACUAGGGGGAAACAAAAGUAAAAUUGUAGUUCAGAAAGACAAUGAUAGCUGAGCACUGAAGAAGUGGAUGCAAACAUACUCUCUUAUGGUAUAGAAGUCUAUGUUGAGACAAAUACUAGAGGCCAGAAGUAUUUCUAAUCGAGCGAAUGCUCUUGUAGGAAAAGACGUGGCUGGCAUAUGUGUUGCUAUUCAGUUAGCAAUGGUUAAUUUUAAAUAAUAAAAUCAAACCAAAUCAUUGAAUAGAAAUCAGCCAGGUAAGGUCAUUCCUAAUUUGGUUUUCGUAAUGACUUUUGUUAACAUUUAUCAUUACUUUUUCUAAUAUUAUA